CGGCCGGGCCGCGAGGCUCUGCGCUGCGGGCGGGCCGCGGGCGCCGGAGGUGGAGGAAGACGGGUGCCCCUUCGGCUCGAGGACAGACUCGCGUAGUCGUCAGUCAUUUAAGCUGAGUGCAUUGUGAUUUCCAAUAAUUGAGGCAGUGGUUCUAAAAGCUGUCUACAUUAAUGAAAAGAGCAAUGUGGCCAGCUUGACUAAGCCGCCAGCGUGCGCAGCGCGGGCAGGACGCACCCGGGUCUCGACGGACUUGUGCAUGUUAGCUGUCUAGAGUUAUGUCAGGUUUUUAAAAACUCUGGUCUUUUAAAGUAGUCCUAACCACUUUACUAUGGAGACAUGUGAGAGCCCCUCUCCUCUCCCGCGUGAGCCCGCAGGAGGAGUGGCGAUGGAGGACCGAGCUUGCCCCCUCCGCUCGCUGCCCCGUGGACAGUCUCCACCACCUCCCCUGCAAACGUCCAGUGAUGCAGAGGUAAUGGACGUUGGCUCUGGUGGUGAUGGACAGGCCGAACCCCCUGCCGAGGACCCGCUCAACUUCUACGGAGCUUCUCUUCUCUCCAAAGGAUCCUCCUCUAAGGCCCGCCUCCUCGUAGACCCGAACUGUAGUGGCCACAGCCCGCGCACUGCGCGGCACGCACCUGCGGUCCGGAAGUUCUCCCCUGACCUUAAGUUGCUUAAGGAUGUAAAGAUUAGCGUGAGCUUUACGGAGAGCUGCAGGAGUGAGGACAGGAAGGUGCUGUACACGGGAGCGGAGCGCGACGUGCGGGCAGAGUGUGGCCUGGCCCUCAGCCCUGUCAGUGGGGACGUGCAUGCUGGUCCCUGUGGCGGGGGCGCGGGGAACGGGGUAGGCGCCGGGGGUGAGAGUGCGGGUAGGAGGGACGAGGAGCAUGAGCUGGAUCAGGAAAGGAGAGUGGAGUACGCAGUGCUCGAUGAGUUAGAAGACUUUACUGACAAUUUGGAGCUAGAGGAAGAAGGCGCAGGCGGGUUCACGGCUAAAGCGAUCGCGCAGAGAGACAGAGUGGACGAAGAGGCCUUGACUUUCUCCUAUGAGGAUGAUUUUGACAAUGAUGUUGAUGCUCUCCUGGAAGAGGGCCUCUGUGCUCCCAAAAAGAGGCGAAUGGAGGAGAAAUACGGAGGAGACAGCGAUCACCCAUCGGACGGGGAGACAAGCGUGCAGCCAAUGAUGACCAAGAUUAAAACCGUGCUCAAAAGCCGUGGCCGCCCACCGACGGAGCCACUGCCCGACGGCUGGAUCAUGACGUUCCACAACUCCGGAGUGCCCGUGUACCUGCACCGGGAGUCGCGGGUGGUCACCUGGUCCAGGCCCUACUUCCUGGGGACGGGAAGCAUACGGAAACACGGCCCUCCCCUGACCAGCAUUCCCUGCCUGCACUACCGGAAGAUGAAGGACAGCGAGGAGCGGGAGCGGGGCGUGGGGCUCGCCCCCCCAGAGCCAGAGCUGCCCCCAGACGAGCCUGACCCCCUAGGGGCCGACGCGGGGCCCCCAGACGAGAAGGACCCACUGGGGGCUGAGGCCGCGCCUGGGGCCCUGGGGCAGGUGAAGGCCAAGGUGGAGGUGUGCAAGGACGAGUCAGUUGACCUUGAGGAGUUUCGGAAUUACCUGGAGAAGCGCUUUGACUUUGAGCAAGUGACCGUGAAGAAGUUCAGGACGUGGGCUGAGCGUCGGCAGUUCAACCGAGAAAUGAAGCGAAAACAGGCUGAGUCAGAGAGGCCCAUCCUGCCCGCCAACCAGAAGCUCAUCACACUGUCUGUGCAGGACGCGCCCACGAAGAAAGAGUUUGUCAUCAACCCCAACGGGAAGUCUGAGGUGUGCAUCUUGCACGAGUACAUGCAGCGCGUGCUCAAGGUCCGCCCCGUGUACAGCUUCUUCGAGUGCGAGAACCCAAGCGAGCCUUUUGGUGCCUCAGUGACCAUUGACGGUGUGACCUAUGGAUCUGGAACGGCAAGCAGCAAAAAACUGGCCAAGAACAAAGCUGCCCGCGCCACGCUGGAGAUCCUCAUCCCUGACUUCGUCAAGCAGACAUCAGAGGAGAAGCCCAGAGACAGUGAGGAGCUGGAGUAUUUCAACCACAUCAGUAUCGAGGACUCGCGGGUCUACGAGCUGACCAGCAAGGCCGGGCUGCUGUCGCCCUACCAGAUCCUCCAUGAGUGCCUUAAAAGAAACCACGGGAUGGGAGACACCUCCAUCAAGUUUGAAGUAGUUCCUGGUAAAAACCAGAAGAGCGAAUACGUCAUGGCGUGUGGCAAGCACACAGUGCGCGGCUGGUGUAAGAACAAGCGCGUUGGGAAGCAGUUGGCAUCUCAGAAGAUCCUGCAGCUGCUGCACCCGCACGUCAAGAACUGGGGGUCCUUGCUGCGCAUGUAUGGCCGUGAGAGCAGCAAGAUGGUCAAGCAGGAGACCUCGGACAAAAGUGUGAUCGAGCUGCAGCAGUUUGCCCGCAAGAACAAGCCCAACCUGCAUAUCCUGAGCAAGCUGCAGGAGGAGAUGCGGCGGCUGGCGGAGGAGCGGGAGGAGACACGCAAGAAGCCCAAGAUGUCCAUUGUGGCGUCUGCGCAGCCUGGCGGCGAGCCCCUCUGCACCGUGGACGUGUGAGGGCGGCCAGCUCGGGGCCGCCAGUGCACUGGGGAUCUGCCUCUGGUUCCACGGCCCCACUGCGUGCCUGACAGCAGGCCCAUGCAGCUCCUUCUGGGGGCCACCUAAGGCCCCGGUGACUGUUCCGGCUUCCACCCACCUGCCACACAGGCGGACGUGGACAGCUGGGAGAUCGCCGUGGGGCUCUGCUCAUGUGGACAGACCCUGAAGCUUUUCAUGAAUUUUCUGUGUAACGUGCACUGACCAGAAGUGAUAGUUGAUGACAUGAAAUGCGAAGGCCGUGCACCCUGGCUCCCACAGGCAUGUAGGGACCCAACCAGAAGGCGCAGGCCGGUACCCCUCCCCUUCCAGCCUCCUGGGUUUUCCUUCUUUUCUCUGGAAAAAGUUAACAGUAGGAAGGAGUAUUUCAGAGGUUGCAGGCAAACCACCAUGGUGAUCUUUCUUCACCCAGAGAGGCGCUGCCCGUGGCACGGGCGCUGCCCUGCCUGCUUGCCGGCCCGGCAUCUGUUCUCAGAGCCCUGAACACACCUUCGUGGACAGAGGCCCCUCACGUUUGCUGGCCUCUGCUGAUUUUUUACUAAAUUUUUGCACAGUCCAGUCUGUCCACCCAUCAAUUUUUAAAGCUUUUAUUGUAUUUUAGUGUUUGGAAAGAAGCUUUUACAGUGAGGGUAGAAGAUAGGUAUGGAAUCACGUAGCAGAUGUGACCAGUUAAUGCAUUUUAGCUCAUGGACUUACUUAUAAAGAGGAGCUGAAGAUGCUCACGCUGGUGCAGGUGGCCCUUGACUACGUGCAGCUGUGCGGCGUGACCAGGCGGUCCCGUGGAUGGGGGUGGGUCUGUUCCACCCUCAGCCACGGAGCCUUCAGAAUGCCCCCCUACAUGACUGAGGUCGGCCCCCGCGGACCUUUGUAAAACAAUCCACGAAUCAAGUCGCUGUAAUUAUACGCUUCUGUCCUGUCCUGUC